AUGCGUGUUUCAGGGAUGAUGCCGGAGCCAGGUGGCAAAGUCAAGGCUUUGUACAUCAAACACACACAGGCAGUGGGCGUGCCAGCGUGGAACUCCGACUUCGGCGACUUGGGCUCCCACCUGAUGUGGUGCAUUUUCUCGAGCGAUCAGGGUGGCGACGAGAAAAGUGCGGCCAAUCUUAUUGCUGAGGACGUCGCUGGACAAAAAAAUGCAUGGAACACUCGCGUAUUCUGCUUGGACCACAUCGACGCCCUGAUCACUGGGGUGAAUGUACAGCGGUACGACGUUUACUGGAGUUUACUUGCUACUAUCACGAACACGAUUCGCUCAACUGGAAACGGUCUCCGCUUCAAGCACGCCUGGAGAGACUUCGGGCCAGGCAGCGGCAUGCAAGCACUCGUUCGGCGCCUGCCGCCGCGCCUUUUGAAAGGAAGAUGGUCUUCUAUCUUUGCGUGCGAAGAAUGGUUUCACGAAGCUCGGCUGUGGCGCGAACUGCCAGUGGUGGUGAAGAAGGCGCUGGUUGAGUUUGACACCCAUCGCAAGGGCAAGUUCCAGAAGGCGACCAUCGCUGGCUUGCAAUCAAUGAAGUUUUGGUCAUCAUACGUCGUCUCGCACGCGUCCAGGUGGGGCGCCGAACAUUUUUCCAGAUGGCUCAGGAAAAAGCAGGAAGGAGGUUCGCAAUCGGGGAUGCUCGUCGAACUCAUUGGGUUCAAGGGCAAGCAGAUCUACGAGGGCAUCGCGCGCUUGCUCGACGAGGAGUCGUUCGUCGAGGCAGCGGGCGCGGGCGGCGCGGGGCUGGCGACGGGGCAGGUGUGGCUGACCCCGCUGGAGGAGGUCCUGAGUGCACCGAACCUCAAUGAUGACGGCGCGGGCUCGCUGGAAGAGCUCUUUUGCGAGGCGGUCUCUUCGGCGCUGGAUCAGCACGCCGAGUUCUAUCGGCGCGUCGUGCAGCCAUGCUGCCAGCAGUACCCUUUCCGACUGUUUUACAUGGUUGUUUCGCCUGCCGACGCCAGGUGCGAGCGGAGGGGGCGCAUCGCCCACGAGCUGCUCACGGACGCUGGGAUCGUCGACGACACGACCAUGAAGUUCAGGGCGGCGUUCGAGGCGGAAAUGAAGCAGGCAACAGCUGACGGGACUCUCUGCAGUCGCUGCUGGACGCUGCUUGCCGACGCCGCGUCCAUCCUGAAGAUGUCCGUCCGCGACGUCGAGGGGUGCAAUUCGAUACUUAAGUGGACGGGCAAAGUGGCGCCCAGCAUCAAGCUAAAACUCAUGUCGAGCAGGCUUACGCUCAAGAAAACGUCGGGUAUCACUGGCGGGGACCAAUCCUCCAGGACUGCUCGGCGAGAUGCAAAGGAGAGGCGCGAUCAGCUGAUCGAGGAUAUGGCGGAGGGCCACGCCACCACCAUGGCAUUCUGCAAAUCCUUGGAGGACAGGCUCAAGGGCGCGGCCAACGGCUCCGUCGACGCCGACAGCUACGACGCCAUACCGCUGGCGCUGGCAGCGUUUCACUCCAACGCCGUCGAGGCCCUCGCCGUCGAGGAUGGCCCAGUGGGCGGCCAAUCUGACGACGACGCUCUCGCUACCAUGGAUAUGGAUUCGGACGCGGAGUUCGUGGCUGCUGAUUGCGGCGGGCACCGAGAUGAUCCACGUGGCGGGGCUGCUGCUGGGGCUGGAGGAUCCAACUCAGAUCGCGGCGGGGAGGACGACUGGGGCGACGACGACGGCCUCGAGCUCCAACUGCACGGCGGCGAAAUGAUGGACCAUGCGCCUGAUCCGCGUUUUCCCCAGAACAUUCUCGACCGAUGCGCGGCGAUAUUGCUGAGCAUGCGGAAGUCAUUCGAGUCUACCGUCGGUGCGAGCUUUGGCCCAUCGUCUGCCUACGCAGUGAUUGUGAAGCACAAGUUUGGCGAGGAGGGCGAAGACGUCGAAGAGUGGUUUCUCGUCAGCAGCAAGGUCGGGAGAGCGACCUUUUGGAUCGCACCGCUGUGCCAAAACUUUGAUGCUGUCAACCCUGGCGGGCUGGGCGUCGUCAGGUUGCAGAGGCCGAUUGCGCAUCGCAAAUUCCACUGGGUAGUUGGGCAUCUGAUCCAGCAGGCAGGGCCCCGCGGCCUCGAGGUCCACUUGAGCUUCCAGGCGGCGCAGCUCAAGUGGGACAACACGUUCCAGGCAUCAGUCGUGGAUGGUUUCCCGCUGCAAUGCGCCAAGGCACGUAAAAGGUUGAAAAAGGUAGAUGAAGAGGCGGUCACGAAGUAUCUCGUCUCCCUGGACCCUGGCGAGAGGGAGGACUUGGAGGCUGGAUGCGGUGGCCACGACACUAGCAUCGAGGAGGUCGUCGAGGCAGCGAAGGUGCGCAUGGAGAUGGGCGGAGACGAAGCCGAGGGCGACGCCGUCUAUGAUCGACCUCGGCCGCCUCGUCCUCGCGCGGCGGCCAGCUGCGACGACUACGACGGAGAUCGAGAUGAGCUGCUCCGUGUCAAUCGAGCCAAGGCGUCCGCCAGGGACAGCUACAACGGGCUCAAGAGCCUUCUGGAGUCUUUGAUGUCUGGCGGUCACGUCGUGCCUGAACCAACGAACAAGUGCGUGUCCCUCUUCUCCGUGGCCAGCGUGGUAGCAGGGGCGCAUGCGACCUCGCUGGGCUGGUGGUACUGGGAGGACGUCGACCUCGGAGAGGGGCGAUGGAACCCUGGGAGUUCGGAGUAA